UCUGCUUUUUGGGUUACGAUGGGAAUGCGGCGGCAGUCCUCGUGACCAGAGGAUGCAUGUAAAUGGUAGCGCGGUCGAGUCGCAGAGCAGACUCUCAUCACCCAGUCCAAGCAGCAGCCUGCUCAGUCCUGACUCCCACAUGGAUGUUCAGGGCUAUAAGUGGGUGCGCUGGCGGGUGUGGUUGUGUCGACUGGCUGCUGUGCUGUCCUUGGGUCUCCUCCUGAUCGUGUUUCACUGGCUCCCGAGGCUCGCUGUCCUCGCCCGCUGCUGCUCCUGCCCUCUGGCAUUGGCAGAUAUUCUGCUAAUAAGAGACAGCUUUGGCCGGCAUCAUGUGGUGGAGGUCCUCACAGAGGAGAUGGAGGACGGCAGUGUGGAGUUAUUGGCGGAGCUGGAGGACAAUGAAUGGAGGGAUACGGUUCAGCUGCACAAGGACGAGAAAACGCUGCUGCGCUACUACCUGUUUGAAGGACUGCGCUACAUCUGGCUGGCCAGGAAAGGAGCUUUCUGUCGUGUCAGUGUCCUCAAUGAGGACUGGACCCGCAAGGACCUGUAUGAUUUCAAAAGGGGCCUGAGUCACCUGGAGCAGAGCUUGAGGAGACGCAUGUAUGGGCCCAACCUUAUUGAUGUGCCGGUGAAGCCUUACAUACAACUACUGUUUGAGGAGGUCCUCAACCCUUUCUAUGUGUUCCAAGUGUUCAGCAUCACCCUGUGGAUGGUCGAUCAUUAUUAUUUGUACGCCAUAUGUAUAUUUAUUAUCUCCAUUUUCUCCAUCGGUAUCUCACUUUAUGAGAUCCGCAAGCAAAGCAUCACUCUUCACAACGUGGCCCAGUUUGUCACAAAUGUCACAAUACGGAGAAACUCAGGAGUGGAGGAGUGUGUGAGCUCGGAGGAGCUGGUCCCGGGCGACUGUCUCAUCAUCCCUCAGGAAGGCCUGCUGCUGCCCUGUGACGCUGCCCUGCUGGCCGGAGAGUGUCUGGUCAACGAGAGCAUGCUCACAGGUGAAAGUGUCCCAGUGCUGAAAACGCCACUGCCGACCGGUGAGGGGAGGUACAGCUCGGAGACGGAGCGCAGACACACCCUCUUCUGUGGCACCCAGCUCAUUCAGACCAAAGGGGGGGGCAGCUGUGUUGUUGCUGUGGUCACGAGCACCGGGUUUUUCACAGCCAAAGGUAACCUGGUAAGCUCCAUUAUGCAUCCUCAGCCAACCGACUUUCGCUUCUACCAAGACUCUGCCAAGUUCCUGCUCCUCCUGGGUUUAAUUGCUUUGAUGGGCAUGAUUUACAGCUUAGUGGUCCUCUACAGAGCCAAUUUGACUUGGUUCGAAUUGGUGAUUAGGAGCCUGGAUAUUGUGACCAUCGCAGUGCCUCCUGCCCUGCCUGCUGCCAUCACCACGGGCACUAUCUACGCCCAGCGCCGGCUGAAGAGAGGGGGAAUCUUCUGCAUCAGUCCGCCGCGCAUCAACAUCUGCGGCAAGGUUUCACUCUUCUGCUUCGACAAGACAGGGACUCUUACGGAGGAGGGUCUGGAUGUGUGGGGAGUGAUGGAGGGGGGAACUGCCGGUUUCUCGGAGCUGGUCCCAGACCCCAGGCUCCUGCCUCCAGGGCCCAUGCUGUCAGGCCUGGCCUGCUGUCACACUGUGACGCUGCUGCAAGGACAGCCGCUCGGAGACCCUCUGGAGCUCAAGAUGGUUGAGUCCAUUGAUUGGACCCUCCAGGAGCCAGAGGGAGAUGGAAAAGUGCUGGAUGAAGAGUUUGGAGGCCACAAAGUUUUGGCUGUUAUGAAACCUCCAACUCAAUGGACUUCCGCAAGAGAUGCAGUGGCCAUUGUUCAGAGGUUCCCCUUCUCCUCGGCCCUGCAGAGGAUGAGUGUGGUGACGGUGGCCCCCGGGGGACGCCCUGCACUUGCUUUCAUGAAAGGAUCCCCAGAGAUGGUGGCCAGCCUCUGCCGAGCAGAAACUGUGCCGGCGCAGUUCUCCAGUAAACUGUACAGCUUCUCCAGUGAAGGCCUCAGAGUCCUUGCCCUUGCCUAUAAACCACUAGACGGGAACACUGACUUCAGGGCCAUUGAACGAGGGGAGGUAGAGAAGGACAUGCAGUUCCUGGGCUUGCUCAUGAUGAAGAAUUUGGUGAAGCCAGAAAGUGCCGAGGUUAUAAACACCCUGAGACUGGCAAACCUCCGCAGCGUCAUGGUCACUGGGGACAACAUUUUAACAGCAGUCAAUGUAGCAAAAAGCUGUGCCAUGUUGGGAUACGAUGAGAAGGUGAUAUUCGUCAAUGCAACCCCCCACACUGCCCAGUCCAUGCCCACCCUGAAGUUCAGCCUAGAAGAAGAAGGGGCCCCUGCCGGCCAAACCUCUAUUGUCACUCGGGGCCUAUACCAGGGUGGUUUUGACUAUCACCUGGCUAUUAAUGGAAAGUCCUUUGCUGCCCUCUGUAACCACUUCCCUGAGCAUUUGCCAAAGGUUUUGUUGCGAGCCACCGUAUUUGCCCGCAUGGCUCCCGACCAGAAAACCCAGCUGGUGAAGGAGCUGCAGAAACUGAACUACCGGGUAGGCAUGUGUGGGGACGGGGCCAAUGACUGCGGGGCCCUGAGAGCCGCUGAUGUCGGGGUUUCCCUGUCCGAGGCCGAGGCUUCAGUCGCUUCACCUUUCACUUCCAAGACGGACAACAUCAGCUGUGUGCCGCUGCUCAUCAGAGAGGGCCGGUGUUCUUUGAUCACCUCCUUCAGUCUCUUUAGAUACAUGGCCCUGUACAGCCUCAUCCAGUUCUGCUCCGUCCUCAUCCUCUACACCGUGAGUACGAGCCUUGCUGACCUGCAGUUCCUGUUCUGUGACCUUUUUGUGGUGACUUUGCUGGCCAUCGUGAUGGGGAGAGGAGGCCCCAGUAAGGUGCUGCACCCCUUCAGACCCUCAGCCAGUCUGCUGACCCUGCCGGUCCUGGGCAGCCUCCUCAUCCACACCUGUGCGAUUGUUCUGGGCCAGCUGGCCGCGCUCUUCAUCACCACCUCACAGGACUGGUACGUUCCACUCAAUUCAACAUUCUUUGGCGUGGCCAAUCUGCCCAACAUGGAGAACACCAGUGUGUUUUCCUUGGCAGCUUUCCAGUACAUCAUCAUGGCUGUGGUGGUCACCAAGGGCUACCCUCACAAGAAACCUCUCUUCUACAAUUGGAUUUUCCUCUGUCUACUGCUUGUCCUCUUUGCUGUGAUGACUUGGCUGGUGUUGUAUCCCGGGCCCGUCAUUGGUAAACUGUUACAGCUGCAGGACUUCUUUGAUAUGGGUUUCAAAAUGUUGCUCGUCGCCGUGGCUGCUCUCAACUUCCUCAUUUGUUUUGUUGUGGAGAUGUUAGUAGACGGUGGUAUCCUGAACUGUUUUCGGUUGCUGCGUGGGAGACGUCAGUCCAAGAAACAGUAUAAACGUCUGAACAGCCUUCUGUCUGGCUCCCCGUCAUGGCCGCCGCUCAAUCAAACCCUGUCCCCCACAGACAACACAGUCAUCCAGCUCAGCUAGCAUCCGCUAUGUUCUGUUAUUUAAGCCAAAAAGUGCUGUGGAUGUCUAAACUACAUCCUCACCUUCAUCAACAAUGAAAUGUCAUGUUUACCCUCAUUAAUAAAAUAUAUUUUUUAUGUAAACUUCA